UCACAUGUCCCUCCACUUCUUCAUUUCAUGCUCUACAUUUUGCAUGCACUAUCUAAAAUUUUCACUAUAAAUUCACCUCAAUCUCUCAAUCCCCAUCUCGCAAAGCCUCUAGGUUAAUUUAUUGCUUCCUUGAAUACACAUUUUACCCUAAAGGUUUUGCUUAGCCAUGGCCAGGUUGGGUUGUUUGGUUAUUCUUAGUUUGCUUGUGUUUUCAAGCUUGAGUGUGGCAAGCCAAAGGCGAGUGGCAAGAAAGGACUUAGGAGUGGACUUGGGAGGGGUUGGGGUCGGUGUUGGUAUUGGGGUCGGCGUUGGAUUAGGUGGGAGUGGUUCAGGCUCUGGUGCAGGAGCCGGUUCCGGUUCUGGGUCUGGGUCUAGGUCUAGCUCAAGCUCAAGCUCCGCCUCUUCGUCUAGCUCAACUUCUUCCGGAUCAGGCGGUGGCGGAGCUGGAUCCGAAGCAGGCUCUUCAGCCGGAUCCUACGCUGGAUCUCGAGCAGGGUCAGGUGCCGGAGGUAACUAUGGAAAUUAAAUAAUUGAGUGUCACCAUUAUACAAAUAUAUGAAUAAGAAGAUGGUGAAUUAGAGUCUGUUGCUUAAAUAUGUCAAAUUAAUGAAGCUGUUUCCAAAAUCUUCAUCGUGUUUUUACGUUUUUACUUCUUCAUCAACUGGUGUCGUGUGUUCAUUGUAGAAAUGUGUUUCCUUGCCAUAAUAAAUCCAAUAAGAUUCAUAUUAUGUAUUUCAAA